GGAGGGGGCUGCCUGCGCCUGUUUUUCUUCGGAUAUAUUAUUACCCCCCCCCUUCUCCUCCGUCUAACUCUUGAGUGUUGUCAAAAGGCAGCAGUGCAAAAAUAAAAAAGCAACAAGGCAAAAAAUCCCUAUAAAACACCACCUCCCUUCCUUCCUCUUUUGCCAAAUGUUUCCCAAAGGCUUAAAGCACCUUAGUGCGAGUGGGCGCAAAAUAAAUCUUUUUGCACUAGAGGAAAGCAAAGGUUUUUGACUCCAUUACAGACAGACAGACAGACAGACAGACAGACAGACACACACACACACACACACACACACACACAGAGAGAGAGAGAGAGAGAGAGAGAGAGAGAGAGAGAGAGAGAGUAUAUAUACUGUCUGGAUUAGGCUGCUAAAAUGAAGAAGAAAAGCUAAAAAGCAAGCCGCAAGUCUUAAGUGUAAAUUCUGGUGCUGAAAACGCACCCCAUGACUCCUAACGUGCUCAGAGGCACCCUGCUCUUUGAAUUGCAAGCUGCAGGGCGUUGAUAUCUGGUUGGUAAAACUUGAGGUCCGGGGGGGGGGAUACAAUGUGUAGGACUAACAAGCCUGAACACAACACACCCCUGCUGCUGGAACUUAACAGGUUUGUUGUAGUAUAUGUGCUUUCAUGGACCCUAGCCCGCUUGCUUCAUUUAAAGCAAAGGGUCUGCUGGUUUCUCUUUAAGGUUUCCAGACUCAGAAGAGAGCAGGGCAAUUAAAGGCACAGAAGUCCUCUCCUCUAUUGAGUCUGGCAACCCUAGAUGUGGGAUGAAGACAUAAAUAUUUGGAAGCACAUCUGGUGAAGUGGGUGCCAGUCCUUAUUUCCAUAGUAAAGUUUGUUGGUCCUUAGGGUGCCUCUUUGUUUAUUCUUUGUUUGCUGCCACAAACCAACACCUCCAUCCCCUUUGGGAACUUGGAGAUCUGUGAAUAGUAUUUUCAUUUAAUGAAGCAGGACUUCCUUCAUGAGUAGACAUGCAUAGAAUUGCACUGUUUAUUUCUUAUCUUGCCUAUAUCAGGGCUGGGGGGUUGAAUCUCUUGUGUUUCAUGGCCUCCUGUUCGCCACGUUUGCAACUCUUUUAUCUCUAUGUGUGUAUUUCCGCACAAGCCAACUGAGCAUAUAACACUUAAUGCUUGGGCAGUGUUCACAAAAGCCUAUUUCUAGUUUAUGAAAAGUUCCACCGCAAUAAUAGCGCAGUCCUAUGCAUGUUUAUUCAGAAGUAAUUCCCACUAUGUUCAAUAGGCACUACUCCCUUGUAAGUCCAUUUAAGAUUUUCAGCUGAAGACUGUUAGUUUUUAAGAUAUCCUAAGAUGCUUGGCUGUUUUCAUUUAAUCUCUGAACAUAAAACCUCUCUACCCCUGCCCACCCCACCCCCACCAUUCCAAAACUAGUAACUGUGGUAAACUUAAAACCUGCCUGUCUUCGUAACUCUUUUAUUACUUUGUGGACAGGUCAAUUAGGUACACAAGGUUCAGUACUCCAGAAUACAUAGAAGCUGUACAUUUUUGCUGGCACAGUUAUUUGAGGUCUGAUUACUAGAGAGCAGGUGUGUUAACCAUUCAUAGGCAGACAUUCAUGGCACCUAUGGUGCAAUCCUAAACACAUAUGCUAAGGAGGAAGGCCAACUGAACACAGUGGCACAUAAUUCCAAGUAAACAUGGAUUAGAUUCACUGGUAAUGAUGUAAGGAACUGUGCAUAUUUAGAUACAGUACUGCUAUUUCAUAACUUUCUUGUCGAAGCAUAUAACUAGAUUCCCAAGUGUGGAUUGUUUAUAUUGUUAACCAUGAUGCCAUGGAUCCCUUGUUUAUUUACCACAAAGCAACGUAUCUUCUUCUGUCACAUUCUGUCAGAUACUGGCCGGUAUGUAUACAUAUGUUGCAGAAUACUAAAAUACUUGUCAAACAUUAAAAAAAAGAUACAUAGAAUAAACAUAAAAUGAAACAAAAUGUUUUCAAGCAUGUUCAUCCAGCAACAAUAAUAAAAAGGACAAAUCCUAUCUUGCCUUUGACCCUCCAGAUGUCACUGGACUACAGUUCCUGUUGGCUGGGGCUCAUGAAAGUUGGGAGUCGGGCAGCAUCUAGAGGGCUGCUGGCUCCCCACCCAAAUUAUUCCAGGAAAACACGGUCUUGUUCCCAGCUUGCAUUCGCCAUUGAGCUUUCUUCCAUUAUUUAUGUAUGUGAGGUGUUUCUGCUUUGGUCACUAUCAUUCAUAUGCACUCGCUGCCAUUAGUGACCAUUAGAUGUGAUGAAAUAAAAUCUGCACCUCAUUGCAAGAAUUCUUUGUAAUCCCUUGCUGUGCCAUCCGUCCAAUCCUCAUACUGCUAAGCUAAGUUGAAGCCCUACUGAAAUAAAUGGAGUUUGCAUUGGAGUAACAGUCUGAGAAUUACAGUGUUACAUCAAUGUCACACAAUUACAGUGUGAAAUCCUCAACUGGGGAGGAGGCAUUGAUUUUUGAUGGGUCAAAAUUGAAGGCUGAGGCUGUGAUCCCUAAGCAUACUUGUCAAGAAAUAAGUUCAAUUGAAUGUAGUGGGAAUUACUUUCAAGUAAACAAAGUAAAGCUACAAGUCAGCUUUGCUCAUCAUUGACAUCCUGUACUGCAACUUCCUGAAGGAAGAGACUUGGAGUGCCUCAUGUUCUCUGUACCUGUGAACAUGCAUUAGAAAAUGAAACCUAUGAGGAAAAUGGAGAUAUUAGUUUAAUAAGGCCAAAAAUAGCCCUUCAUGGCUUUUAUCAACUAUAUUGUACUGUUGUUACUUCUAUAGACUUAAUUUCAGUACAUGCAUAUUACUUGCAAGUAAGUCUGUAAAUGACUGGAAUUUUGAACAAUGUUAUCGAAAUUGCCAAGGAAAUGCAGAUAACCUUGAGGAUUUAACUUGCGUGUGCUGAAAUUAAAAUGACUUCAUAAUUAAAUGAAAGUGUUCCAUGAUAGUUAAAGGCGAUGGACCAAGAAGUUUCUUAAUUAUAAAAGUCCUCAUACUUGCUGAAGUAACUCAUAUUUCAAAGCAAUUCAUUAGCCUCUAAAAUGAACAGUACUUCUUUAGGAUGAUGAAAUUGCUUACAAGUUGGCAGGGUACCAAGCUGGGCAAAACUUGGCAGAUAAUAUUCUGGAUUUCAAACGGAAAAGAAACCUGUUCCUAAUUUAUAAAAUCCACAAUUGUAUUGAGUUUGCAAGGACCCUCAACGACCCUUUACCUUUACACUGGUAAAUCUGCCUGUAACGCCACAGUUGUGUAACAGCAGUGUUUGUUUUGUUUUGUGUUGCUGUUGGGUUUGGAUGCUCUGCUGCUGUUUGUUUUGUCUUAGGACUAGAAGGAUACUUUGACAAAAUAUCACUUGGACUACUUUGUUAAUAACUUCUCGAGCCCAAUUUCCUUGAUGUUAUAUUUUUCUGUAUGCUCCCCUUUGAAAAAUGUAGCAAAAAUAGCAAAAUUAUGUGGGAGCACAGCAGUGGAUUGGAAACAUGUAUUUUCAUCAUAGCAUUUUCUGUCACCUGUAAGAUUCUGACAGCUGGCGAUUUUCUUUUUAACAUUUAAUACUCAGUUCAGUUUCAUUUCCACAUUGACCAUAUAUGGUGUGUUUGUAUGUAUACAUAUGCAUAGACAGUCAUCAGGGUAACCAAAGUCAAAUAAUAUUUCUGAUCAAUUCGUUCAGUUGCAAAAUAUGCAUAUAUUAAAUGCCCCCCAAUAUUGAUCGCUUUCUUUUCUACCUAUAACUGAUUGCAUCUUGAUUUAGUCUUUCAGUCACACAGAUCUUGCUGCCAGCAUAAUUUUCAAGCUAAAGAUUGCAUUUGUAACCCCACUCCCAAAUUAAAAUAAAUCACAAGCUUAAGUAAUGAGGAGAAGGGGGAAAUGCAGGAUUGUCCUAGUACUAUUAAAAAACCUUUCCUUAGCUAUCAGAAUAUUCUCAUCUAUAUCUUUGUUUCCAAAGGCUUAUCCAGCCACAGGUGACAUUUUAUUUAUUUUUGUUUCAUUGAUGCUGCAUUUAAUGGUUCUUAUUAUUUUAAUCAUUUUCCAUCCUUUGAGUAUGUUAAUGUUGGGGAAAAUACUAAUCAAUGUGUUUGAACUAAGAAUAGUACUUUUAAAUUUGCUUGGAGAUACUCAUUGACUAUUUCUGUAGUCUCUCAAACUGCAUUUGAAAAUUCAGUUUAAAUAAUUCAUUAUAAUCUUACCAUAUCAACUGAACAAGGCAUACUGUAUUUAUAUACAGGAGUGUGGAUAUUCACCUACCGGUAAUUAGAUUAAAAUGUGUUUUUCAUAUUGAAAAAAAUGCUUCUUUUCAAUGAAAACACCAAUAACAUAUUAAAAUUGAAAUCUCUGCCUAUUCUUUUCUGCAUAAUGUACUCACUGAGAAGGAAAUUCUCAUUUCUACCACUUUGUUUUCCCUAAUAAGUGUUUCUUAUCAAAAUUCCACUGAAAAGGCACAGAGGUUGGGCUAAUCAAACUACAGUACAUAUUCUGGAGUAGUUCCAAGGACCUCAAUAGGAUUUUAGUGAUUAAAUGGGUUCUGGAUCAUAGCCAGGAUGUGUGGGAGGCUAGGAAGGUGACUCCUGCAGUUACAGGCUAGGGUCAUAUGUAGCAUGAAAUGGUUCAUAUCCAUGGAAAUGAAUGGAAUGCUAGUUAAGGAGUUCAUAACAAUAGGAACUUUGAAUCCUCUUGCCCUAGGGAAUGAAAAUAGGCCCUUGAGAGUGAGUGGACCCAGGAGCCACGUGGGAGAUCCAACUUCUAUCCAAAGGAAUAAAGUUAUGAAGAGAAAAGGAUUCAUAAAGUUGUAGGUUCAGACAGUUGUAAGUAUUUUGAGGUUGAUUUCAUUAGAAGACUCAGUGAAAUUUUAUAGAAUGGUUACUAAAAUCAUUAAUAGGCUGGAGUUCCUUUCCUACAAACCUCUGAAUCAUUUUGUUCAAAUGACAAAGUUUUUCAAUAAGAUCUUGAACAAUAUAGAGACAUUUUUUUAUCAUCAUCAUAAUCAUCAUUGUACCCCACCCAUCUGACUGGGUUGCCCCAGGCACUCUGGGUGGCUUCCAGCAUAUACAAAAACAUAACGAAACAUUAAACAUUAGAAAGCUUCCCUAUACAGGCCUGCCUUCAGAUGUCUUCUAAAGGCUGUAUAGGUACUUACCUCCUUGACAUCUGAUGGGAGGGCAUUCUAAAGGCCCCACUGGAAUUUAGGGUUGAAUCAAGUAGGUGGAUCAAGUAGAAGAUUUUGAAUUUGGGAGGGUUAAUUUCUUUUUUAAAAAAAAAUUGUGUUCUUUAGUUGUUGUAAGCCACUUUGAGACCCACAUGGUUAAAAGCAGGAUACAUUUUUUAAAAAAAAAAUGCAUGGACAUAGGAAGCUGCUUAUAAUGAAUCAAACCCCUGCUCCAUUUCUUCAGAGUUUAACACCUGAGCCUACCCUGGGAAAUAAUUAUAUCACAUAAUCUGUUUUUUUUCUUUUUUUCUAAAUAUGUUUAUUAGAUUUUAACAAGAAAUACAGAAAAAAUAGGAAAAAGCAUACAAAACCACUUUGUCCAUUAUUAUUCCCCCAAAUUCUUCACAUUUUAAAAAACGAUUAAAAAUAGAAAAAAAUAAAAAAUACAGCAAUUAAAAAGAAAAAUGAAAAAAAGAUACAUUAACAUCAUUCUAAAUCUUCUGAACUAGUCCUUUCUGACUUCCUCACUUCCCCUUCUUGAGUUAUUAUUAAAAUACUUCUCGCAGUUUCCAAAUCUAACUUCACAUUCUUUUUUUCUAAAUCUUUACUUCUUCAUUGCUAUUAACCAUUCUUAUUAUAUUUUAACUUCUUUAUUACUAACGUCCUCUCUCCAAAAUUACUAUUCUCUUAUCACAUAACAUUCUGGUCCCCAUGGCGCAUUAAACUAUAGUUGAUGUUUAACUAUGGCCUAACGUGAAGGAUCAGAAUGCUGAUGCACACUGCACGAAAGCUCCCACUUUGCUCCUCCUCUUCCUUGCCAUGUUGCCCUGGGAGCAGCAUACCGCAAGCCUUAUGAUGCCCAAAUCCAGGCUCCUGGUGCUUUCCAUGAUCUUAGGCAGCUUUUUAAACGUAUUAGACAAGUUUAGGAGAAAUCAGGUGACAGCUUUUAGCCACAAUAGCUAAAUGAAGCCUCCAUAUUCCAAGGUGCCGUACUCUGAGAACAUACAGGGCAAAACCAUCACCUGCAGGCCUGGCUUGUGAUCUCUGUACACCAUAGCUGCCAAGUUAUCCCUUUUUUAAAGGGAUUUUCCCUUAUGCUGAAUAGGCUUCCUCGCGAGAAAAGGGAAAACUUGGCAGCUAUGCUGUACACAUCACUGGCAAUUGUAGGAAACAAAUGCUUGAUUUCAGCCAGGUAUGGGGAACCUGUCGCCCUCCUGCUGUUGCUGGACUGUGGGGGGUAGAUGGGAGUUGUAGUCCAGCAAUGAAUAUAAAGGCCCCACGCCUAGCCUAGAUUCACCUUUUGUUGUUGUUGAUAGGUUUGCUAUUAUAACGGUAGGGAAAGUAUUCAGAAUAUUAAAAUAUCUGAUUGCCACAAUCUUAAAUAGUAUCUUAUGUAGAGCUUGAAAAUGUUUGAUGAUUCUGAAAUCAAAAUACUUCCAAUUUUUAUAAAUUAAUGGUUGAUGAACAGAUGGGUUCUUCUGCUCUGGUUUCCUUGUUUGUUUCCUUGUUUAUUUAAACAAUCCAGAUACCAUACCUUUUAAAUUACAGUCAUACCUCGGUUUAAGUACACCUCGGUUUGAGUACUUUCCGUCUGGAACGGAUUAAUCCACUUUCCAUUACAUUCAAUGGGAAAGUUCUCUUCACAUUAAGUACGAUUCAGGUUAAGUACGGACUUCCAGAACCAAUUACACUUAUACUUCGGGUUAAGUACCCUUCAGGUUGAGUACUCCGCGGACCCGUCUGGAACGCGUUAAUCCAUUUUCCAUUACUUUCAAUGGGAUAGUUCGCUUCAGGUUAAGUAUGCUUCAGGUUGAGUACUCCGUGGACCGUCUGGAACGGAUUAAUCCACUUUCCAUUACUUUCAAUGGGAUAGUUCGCUUCAGGUUAAGUACAGACUUCCGGGACCAAUUGUGUACUUAAACCGAGGUACCACGGUAUUUUGUUUUCAAGUGAUGUAAUGCGCUACUUCAAACUUUUAAAUUUUUUUUUGUCUCCUCUGCCAUGUUACCAAGAAUGUCAAAAGUGUACAUAUUUGACAGCAGCUUUUAAUGAACAAGCCAAAACUGCACUUCUCUGAUACACACAAACACUAAUUUCAGUGUUGGGUGCAUAAAUAGUUAGCUACGUUUUUUUCAAAUUGUUUUGUCUGUUAUAAAUAUGUGUUUGUGGCAGGUGGGUUGUUGUUUUGUUGUUUUUGUUUUAACUAUGUAUUUGUGCUUUUACCUUGUAUUUUUAUCUUGUGAACCACCCUGAGAUCUUUUGAUGAAGGGCAGUAUUUAAUUCUACAGUAAUAAAUAAAUAAAUAAAACAAACAAACAAACAAAAAAAUAUUACAAAAUGGAAUGCUAAAUCACUUCCAUUCCCCUCUCUGAAUUCAGAAACAAACAUACAUUCCAGAAAACUACUGAUUGCCGAAGGGAGAGCCGGCAACCCUUCUUCUGAAUGUAGGGUAAUGAUGUAUUGGCAAGCAGCCAGCCAGCAUUUCCAAUGUGACUCUGUGAGCCAUCUUCUGGCAAGAUGAAUAUUCCUUGAGGAAAGGUCUUGGACAUUAUUUUUAUUUAGAAUGGGGGAGAGAGGAAGGAGUCUCGAUUCUGGACCCAACAGAAAAUCAGACAGUGAUAAAAGCAGCAACUCUUACUAUUCUGAUGAGGAUUCUUCUCACGGCUCUGACCACUCGCCAACGAUAAGCACCCAGUCUACAAACGCUGGAGAAAAAAGCAAUAAAUCACAGACUUUGAAAAGCCUCGCACAUUACCAAGGCACUAAGCAAAUUGCCUCUAAAUAUGCGCCCAGCAAAAGAGGGAUCCACUGGGGGUUUCGCUCCCAGAGCCUCAACAGGGAUUCUCCUGCCAAAGAUAUUAGCCUUGUUACAAAGAGAGUUCUUUCUGCCAGGUUGCUGAAAAUCAACGAGCUCCGUAAUGAGCUGACGGAACUGCAUGUCAAGCUCGACGAGCUUCAGAAAGAGAACAGGGCGCUCAAGCGGCUUCAGUACAGGCACGAGAAAGCCCUGCAUAAGUUUGAAGACACUGAAAACGAAAUCUCUCAGCUCCUGGCCCGGCACAGUGACGAGAUGAGGAUACUGAGGGAGCGCUUGAGACGAUCUCAAGAAAGAGAACAAACGACGGAGCGGAAACUCAGGGCUUCGGAGGAGGAGCUGUACAAGGCCAAAAGCAAUUUGCAAAAAUUGAGAAGGCUUGCUGAAGACAGGCACCUUCCGGAACGCGAUGAGCUGGCUAAGAAGCUGGCUUUAGCAGAAAACAGGCUGGAUGACACUGAGAAGAGAAUUAAGGACUUGGAGAAGAACCUUGACCUCAGUAAUAGUAGUUUCCAAAGACAAUUGCAUUCUGAGAAAAAGAAAUUAUGUGAUGCCCAGGAAGAAAAUAAAGUUCUCCAAGAGGAAGUCCAACGGCUAGGUCAAAAAUUAAAGGAAAAAGAAAGAGAACUGGAUGCAAAAAAUAUAUAUGCUAAUCGGAUGUUAAAAGUUUCACCCAAAAAAGAUGUUGAUUCUGCACCAAGGAAAAAAGCUUCUAAUAAGAAUACUAAACGAGAACUACAGAUAACAAAAGGAGUCCAGACUACUGGAUGCUUUUCUCCAGUAGAAUUUCCUCAACCACCAGACUUUCUUUCUGAUGGAAUACCAGAGGAAAAGGAAGAUGACGCACAUCUCAGAAUGGAACAGUCAAUUAAAGACUGGAAAGAACAAGCAGAACGCUUCAAGGAAGAGCAGAGCAGAGAAAGAGAGGAAAGACUGAAAAGUGAUCAGGAGCUGCAGGCAUUGGAAGAGAGAGCCAAGAAACUAAGAGAUGAAUGGGAAAAGGAAGAAUCUGAGAGAAAAAAGAGGGAAAAUAGUCUUCUGCUGGAAAAAGAAGAAAAAGCAAAAAUGGAGACAGACAUCUAUAGUUUGGGAAAUGGGAUGCAAAAUAAUGAAAGCGAAGAAGAGGAAAGACGGAAGGCAAUCCUGCUUUCUAAGAUGUAUGAAAUUGACAAGGAAACACAGAUCAAUAUAAAAGUUACUUCACAGGAGCACACUUCGGAGAUGGUAACUAUGCCAUAUUCCUUGGAAAAAAGUAAGAGGCCAUACCAGAGCUCAGAAGCAACUGAGAAAUUAUUCAAUGGUUUUCUGGACUAUGGCCAGCACAAUACAGCUAUGAAAGGGGAAAUCCAGAAACAGCAAAAUAUAGAGACCACAAGCCCAAGCACCGAUUUGACAUUUGGUUGCUAUGUACCUUCUUUUGGGAAAGUAUCGGGGAGGCCAAGUUGGGCUAAUCAAAAAAACGACUUCCUUGACGAACCCACUAAGGAGGACUUGGGUCUCCACACGAAGAGAGAUAAAAAGUCCAACUUAAUGGAGCAGCUGUUUGGAAGUGGCGCCAACACCAUCACUCCACCUAAGAAAAACGAUUUGGGUACUUUCCGACAAGACAGCGGCCCAAACAACGGUUUCCAGGAUAAAGGCUCCACGGUCAAUGUAAAAGAUGACGGCGAUCAUUUCUUCAGCGAAGGGAAAAACUUCAACCCCAAAAGGCACCGACUGCAGCACACAGCAAGCAGACCAGCAGUGAAGGCUUUUGAUUACUUGGAAGACGAGAUUGAGGAAGUACUGUUGCAUUGAUUAUAUUCUGGGAAAGUCCGUAUGUGUAAAAGAGUACGUGUAUUUAAUGCGCUAUUUAUAGUUUUUAAAACUUUUCAGAUAUCGUUAUAAAUAUGAUGUGACUGAAAAUAUAUACGUGGGGGAAAUUGGGAUAUGUGGCCUGAUGUGUCAUCAAGAAUGCAGCUUUUUUUAUCUAGGGUGCCCUAAGCAAUUGAAAGUGGUGACUGAUGUAGGUAUACCAAUCUGUCGGGUUUCUUAGCAUGGUCCUACCCAGUCUAUUCAGUCUUCUCUGCCCGCCCACCUUCAUCAUAAUCUCCCCGUCUUCUCUAGAUAUUUUCCAUCCUUCACUUUUAAAUGCACACAGCUUGGUGGCACAGUGAGUCAGGGUGCUUCUGCGUGACAUCAUUAGGGGAUACAUUUUGCAUGUGGCCUCAAGAAGAAAUAGCUGAAAUUCCUUCCUUUCCCCCCCUAGUAAGAAAGUAGUUUCCAUUGCUACUCUUCUUUACAUUUUCUGUCUAGGGCAAGAUAAAAGCUACAAAUGGCUUUAACCAGUUCUGAGGGCAAUUUUAAUCCUCCACCUGCACCAUCAGGGAAGGGAGUCUCUACUAUCGGGUGUCUCCCAAGUAGUAUAGUUUCAAUACAGUGGAGGUUAAAUGCAAACAUUUUUGUUAAACUAAGAAAUGAGAACAGUUCAAACGAGACGGCAUAUUAUGAUGACUUUUCAACCCAUCAGCUCGUUCACCUGGUCUUGCGAAAUAAGCCUAGAUAUUAAGAAAAGCAAUACCAAGGCUAUUUUACUUAUAAUAGAAGGGAAUCUGAUGUUGCCAUUCAGUCAAAUUGAAUGUAGGACUUCAUGGGACUCCAGAUAAUUUUGUAAUUUCUCUGAGAAAAUGGUUUAAUGGUGAAGUGAAAAAGCAUUGCCACAUUUUAGGUUAACCUAGCACUUGCUUAAUUUGUCCUCAGCUACACUGCAGUAUAUCACACCAAUCCCAUUAACAAGCCUUCUCUGUUGUAAAUGGGUUGCAGAUUGCAGCCACGAGCGCAGUCCACUUAAUGAAGUGGACUUGUCCAACACAACCUUCUACAGUUGUUCUUAGAGGAUUUAUUAAAUAUUGUCUGAUGUGAUAUCCAGUGGUGGCUGUCGGCGGAUGGAAGAGAAUUAAUGGAACUGCAGUACCCAGCUCUCUUCCUAAAUCUGUUCCAGAGGGUCCUCCAACCUCCCUGGAGCAGACUUCAAGAGGCCACUGAAAGGGGUACAGGUGACUGCUGAAAAUUGCUUCUGUCCUUUUUCUGUGAACAGAUUCUUUUCCAUCAACAGGCAGUUAGCCUGCAAUGCCAUAAUGAAAAAUACUAUAAUAUUUGAGCAAAUUAAUUGGAUUUGUUUUAAUACUUAGUUUUUGUUCACUUUAAAAACUUUAAUGUAAGACAUAACUGGGAAUGUUUAUAUGAGACUUAUGAAGAUCUAGUGCUAUGGCUGGUAAAAAUGUACAUUUGGCUGUGUCACUUAGUUUUAAUUGCAGUUCUUUGGUUGUGUAAAAUGCUCAGUUCAUACUACUUAUAUGGAACGUUUUGAAUAGGAAGCAAUCUAAAAACAUCAGCAAAAGAAUUGAUUAGCAGUAGUCCAGAUCUCAACUUAAAUAUAUCUGUUGGACUUGCACUAUUGUCUAGCUGAAGCGAAUCACCAACUUCACCUUUUGGGGCUGUUUUUAUUUUUGCUAUAGACAAUUGUCCCAGUCUAGAGAACAUAGUUGAGUUGGGUCAGAUCCACAUAAAGUGCAAAGAGCUGUUGAAAGAUGAAAAAUAGCUUGUUCACUUUGGUGUGCAUGUAGAAGUCUGCCACCCUAAAGCUUUUGACCUCUUUAGGACUGCCAGAGGCCUUAUGAGCACUUGGAGUUGAGUCUCCUAGCGAUGAUAAGGAGGAUGCUUCAGUCUCUGAUGGCAACUGUUGAUUAGGAGAGAGGGACAGAGACUAAAACUAGUUGCCUCUGUGGCCCCGCUCCCCUUGCAUGCAUACAUCUAAACAGGUAACUCAAGCUGUCAGUGACUUUGUUGUGGCAAGAGAUAUUGAAUACGUACAAACACACGAAAGGAAUACUGGUGUUCCAGGAUGAGGUUAAAGGCAAUGCAAAGAAGACAAACACACUAUCAUUUGCUGCAGAAUCAAAUUAGGAAACAAUUCCACAAUGAGAAACAUGGUCCAUUUGGGUCAUGGCUAUUAUGCUAUGUAGCUACCAGUUGCCAUUUUCGUUUUUGCUGGCUAACCUGGAUUUUUUAGAGAUGCCAUAUUUGCUUGACGCAAGUCGUGCGUCCAUACAGCUCCAAAGUACCCUUCGGUUUUUGCCAAUCUCCUCAGUUACUAGUUUAGUUGCCAGGCUUUUUGAAACCUUGUGGGAAAGGCCACAGUGGAUUUUUGGGGCAGUGCAAAUAGCUAUUGUGGAGGUUUGAUUUUAGUAUUCUGCUUUGCGAUAUAGAUGGAGCUUGACCAUUUCAAAGUUUCCAGUCAGAAUCUCAGCAGACUCCAUCUUGACAUUUGUUUGUGAUCCGCCUGUGGGAGCUGGUGGGAACUUUUGACAAGUGUUUCGCUGUGGUCUUUCAUGUGUCACCUGUUGGUACCCCGUUGUGCAGCAGCUUCAGGGUCCCAACAGCUGAUGUGUGGCCUGUAGCCUUGAGAGGGAGCUUCUUAGCACUGAAAACCUUUGCAUUUUUAAUGCAACACUAAAGGGCGAUAAUGUUUUUUCCUUGUAAUAUAAAACUAAGCAUUUUUAUGAUUCAGAAGAAUAUAGUAUGUAUUUUAAAAGAAUUGUUUUAGAGCUAAUGCUAUGAAAAUAUUACCAUCUGUACUGAUUUUUAAUAUCUAUUUAUUAUGUAAUGUUCAAUUUGUUUUUAUAACUUUAUAUUUUGUGUCAAAAGUUCCACCUUGAAAUAAUGCUUGGGGUUUUGUUUUUUUAAACAGAAUGAUUUAUAUUAAAAUAUUUCUGUGAUGGGUUUGUGUAGAUCAUAUCUGUUUCAAAAAAAAAGUGUUUAGACCUCUCCAUACCUUUUCCACCUUAUCCAAAGAUUGGGAUGAGUUACAUUAAGACUUUAUGUUAAUAACAAUCCUAUGUGAUCAGGAUGAUACAGUGUGAAGCGCCAACAUUCUACUUCCAACACUGAUUGUCUCUGACAUCUUUUAAUUCUACUAAUGAGACAAUUUUUCACUGAAGGAGCAUAUAUCCUAAGAUUCCUUUCACCACACAUGGGAUACUAAUUGGUUGCAGAGGUAUGAAAGGUAAGCUCAUGCUUAAAAUGCCAACAUAGCAUAGCUCUCAAAAGUCAAAAUUCUGACUUCAGAAAUAGCUGUGUGCCAUAUUUUGUUCAUUUUCUAAUGGCACUUAUUAGAAGACAAUAUCAUUUCACUUUUAUUGACCCUCUUUAUUCCUAACACAAAGCUUCUAAGAGGCACAGAACAUAGAAACUUCCGUUUUUCUCCAGACCAUAUGUAUCCUUCCAAUAAAAUUAUUUAUUUCAGUCAGUAAUAAGAUCUGAGUGAUAUCUGUACAAAAAAACAAAAACAAGCAAGCCGUCCUUCAGUACUAUUGUCAGCUGGCUACUAGCAUGUUGCUAGGAUACACACUGUAGAUUUGAUUAACUGCAGUUUGCAUGAGAAAUCCAUCCACAUAUUUGUUUCGCGUUAAUAUAGCUCUCAAUGGUACAUAUAUUUAGAAAGAAGUAGUUAUUUAUAUUGAGUUUUUUGUUUUUUUAGCUGUACCAUUUCCGUAUCUGACGUUUCUCAAAGCCUUUGCAAAAUGAACGCUAACAGCAACUGUUGGCUCAGCCAGUUAAAAUGUGCUUACUCCACCCUAGUUGUGGGAGAGUGGGACCCAGGUUAUUCCAAUGAGGAAUACGCCUGUGGGGAAUCCAGCACUGGGAACAAUCAAUAAGAAAAUCUCCUUCCCAAUAAAGUUCAAACUGCUUCCAGUGGUGGACUAGACAUUCAGCCUUGUAUCUUCUGUCCUUGCACAUGUGUCAGGACCUGCAUGUACUAAGCAAUGUUUGCAGAUUCCAAUAAGGGUUAACAGAUCUUAUGAAAUGUUUCACAGAAUCAUGGAAUUGUAGAGUUGGAAGGGACCCCGAAUCUUUUGCCCAACAUGGGGCUCUAACCCAAGCACCCCCAAACUUUGACCCUCCAGCUGUUUUGGACUACAAUUCCCAUCUUCCCCGACCGCUGGUCCUUUUAGCUAGGGAUCAUGGGAGUUGUAGGCCAAAACAGCUGGAAGGCCGCAGUUUGGGGAUGCCUGCUCUAACCCAUGACCCUGAGAUUAGUAAGAGUCUCAUGCUCUACCAACUGAGCUAUCCCAGCAGGAUGGUGAAUUUUCUACACAGGUGAAUUUGUGAUUUGAUUCAAAGACCUGUUUGAUGUUCACUCUUCUUGAGGAGUUUCAUUCCGUUUGGAGUGCAGAUCCUAGAGGGUGGUGAUGGGUGUCUUUUUGGAAUCAUCAUGUGGCCAGCUUUUUUAUUAUUGUUGGAGAAGGCUGACCUGUAAAGUAAAGAGACAAACUCAAGCCUGCAAAUACAUACCCAAAGUGGGUGCAGGCUUGUUCUUCGUAACAAAGUUUACCAGGUACAGCAGCUCAGUUGACCAGGCCUCAUAACAAAGGGUGCAGUUGCAGA